CCUCUGGCUCGCGCUCGAGCCACCCUCGAGUCGACCGAAUUGGAUUCCUGGUGCCGACGGGGGCCGUCGAGGCCCCGAGGAGGAGGAGGAGGAGGAGGAGGAGGAGGAGGAGGAGGAGUGGAUUCCGUGGGGGCACUCCCCGUCCUCGCCGCGCCCGCCGCACGGGCCCGCGGUGGCGGCGUGUGGCGAUCCAGGCGCCGUGCCGGCCCGCUCGCGGGGGGCAUGCGGCGCAGGUCUCCGACCGCGCGGCGGGCGCCUGGCGGCCACUCCGCGAGGCGCUCGUGGCCGCCGCUACGCCGCGCCAGCGUCGAGCCCCGCUGCAGCAGAGGGCCAGGAGAGAGAGUGACUGAGGAGGGUAGCUUCCUCUUUGUCGGCCAGUUCUCGCCGAAAGCGAGGCCAGCCCCGCUGACAGUCUUCUACCACGUCUAUCAGUCCGUCGUGGCAGGGCAUGCGGAUCUGACAGCUUCCAUUGUCAGGGAGCAGAUGUUUGUUGUUAAGUCCUCCGCUGCUUUCGGCGACGGCGUCACGUUAUACUACUUGUCAUAG